AUGGAAGACUUGGAUAUGGAGUCCAUGACGCGCAUCGCAUCCAGCAACCACGGACGCUCCCUAUCCCUCUCGGCCUCUAUCAAUGAAAGAAAUGACCCCCGACUAGAUCCCAACAACCCAGUUUCGACCAUCGACGAUUGGCACAAACCGUCCUCAGAUCACUCCACCAGCCCGUAUAAUCACCACACAGACUCAAGGGGUCGUCUUCAGGAACUUGAAUGUAUCAGGUUCGGGAUCAGCGCUCCAAGUCCAGGAGACCCUCGUGUCGGAAUUGACAACUCCGUUCCGAUGGCUGUGAAUGCACUUUCUGGACACAAGCCCACUCGCCGCAGACGAAUUCUGCAUGGGUUUGACGGUCUACUGCAGAGCGGCGAGCUCCUACUUGUUCUCGGUCGUCCAGGGACCGGUUGUUCGACAUUUCUUAAAACAAUCUGCGGUCACCUGGGCGGCCUGACUCUCGAGCCAGAGAGCUCUGUAUAUCUUGGGCAUUGUGUCUGA